CUUAAGACUAGUACUACUAACUACUACUCCGGUCCUCUCUCUCUCUCACUCACUCACUCAUCCUUCCCCAGCUACUUCACAACUAUUUGCUAGGACAGGGGGAACUUACAACACCCACCAGAUCCCCUCGAUCUCCAUACUCCAUAGAGAGCUACUCACACCUUCCUUUUUCAUUUGCGCCGCUUCAUAUUAUCUCCCACCGCGCAUACCGUCUUAUCUCUACAUAGCCACAGCCAUGUCGUCACGGAAGAAGGUUCUUCUUAAGGUGAUUAUUCUUGGUGAUAGCGGCGUCGGUAAAACGAGUUUGAUGAAUCAAUAUGUCAACAAGAAGUUUAGCGCCAGCUACAAGGCAACAAUCGGCGCGGAUUUUCUUACCAAGGAAGUUCUAGUAGACGACCGACUGGUAACAAUGCAGAUCUGGGAUACUGCGGGCCAAGAACGUUUUCAAUCGUUGGGUGUUGCGUUUUACCGAGGAGCCGACUGCUGUGUUUUGGUAUACGAUGUGAACAACUCCAAGAGUUUCGAGGCUCUGGACAGCUGGAGAGAUGAAUUUCUUAUCCAAGCAAGCCCGAGAGAUCCUGAGAAUUUCCCUUUCGUCGUUAUUGGUAACAAGAUCGAUGUCGAGGAGAGCAAACGAAUGAUUUCCUCGAAACGCGCUAUGACGUUUUGCCAAUCCAAGGGCAAUAUCCCUUACUUCGAAACUAGUGCCAAGGAAGCUGUUAACGUUGAACAGGCUUUUGAAGUCAUCGCUAGGAGUGCUUUGGCGCAAGAAGAGGCCGAAGAAUUUAGUGGUGAAUUCAGUGACCCUAUCAACAUCCACCUUGAUAGUGAACGCGAUGGAUGUGCCUGUUGAUACCCUAGUGAUGGACAUGACUUUUCAAUGAUUUACAAUCCAUGGCCGACAUUUGCAGCUUUCCGUUUGCAUUUUGAGUUUCUUUUGUAGAGAUGUUGUUGUUUCCUUUCUCUGUUGUCGGGCUUGGGGAACGGGUUGUUUCCCCCAAAUGCUAAGUCUAUAUAUCUUGGGAAUACUUCAUGUAUGAAGUUCCUAUCUCAUGCGUUGUCUGCUGGGUCGCAUGGGGAUAUCCUUUGCCAGUCGUGUUUUCUUUUUCCUAGUGUUUACAGCCAAUGUCUAAUCAUAUUGUUUGAGGAGUCUGGAAUAUAACUAUUUUGAGAUUGGG